CUUUGAAUAAAAACACAAAACCAAAGAAUUCCAUCAGCUCUCUCAUGAAGUUUACUGAAAACCUCAAAGGAGAUAUUGGAGAUUGGAAAACGUUACUGAAACUGUUAAACCAAAUCCACCAUGGAUCUUUGGUCUGGCCGAUGCCUGAAAAUGGAUCACGCCAGUAAAAUGCACUGUAGUGCAGCAGCUCCUUGUGAUGAAACUAACAGCUUUCAAGAGGCAGCCACUAAACCACCUCCUGCAAUGAAAUACUCCCCCUGCGUAUACUUAUUUGCUGAGAAGGUUCCACGGCCUCCGAGUCCUCCACCUGCUGACGCUGUGUUUCACAUGGGAGACGCUCUGGAGAAUAUUUUGAAAACCACUGGGUUUCGUUCUCUGGAUGACGAUCCAAAGCGUCGCAACCUGUUGCCUCCUGAGGUUCCACUGCCUCAGAUUCCUCUUCUUCCUCCUGCUGAGGAUGUGUUUCACAUGGGAGAUGCUCAUGAGAAGAAAAACUCUGGGUUUCCUUCUUCGGAUGAUGAAGCGGCCUGUCUGAUGUCCCGGCUUCUAAUGGCUUGUGAUGUUCCACUGCCUCCGAGUCCUCCACCUGCUGACGCUGCACGUCAUGUGAGACACUUUCACCAGACGAAGUACCCAGAUUUUUCUGACACAUGGUUUCCUUCUCUGGAUGAUGAAGUGCCUAAUUUGAUGCCCCUCAGCUGGCUAGCUGAGAUUCCACUGCCUCCAAGUCCUCUUCCUCAUGCUGACGAUGUGUUGGACGUUGAUGAGAAGAAGUACCCGGAUUCGAAAAACACUGGGAUUCCUCCUCUGGAUGACGAUCCAAAGCGUCCAAACCUGUUGCCUCACCAGGUUCCACUAUCUCCAAGUCCUCCUCCUGCUGACGAUGUGUUCGACACUGAUUUGAAGAAGUACCCUGAUUUAAAAAACACUGGAUUUCCGCCUCUGGAUGGCGACACUGAUCCAAAGCAUCCCAACCUGUUGCCUCAUGAAAUUCCACUGCCUCCAAGCCCUCCUCCUCCCGAGAAUGUGUUGGACAUAGAAGACACUCAUGUGAAGAACCUAUCUGACAUUGGGUUUCCUUCUCUGGAUGAUGAGAUGGCCUGUUUGAUGUCCAAGUUUCCUCCUCUGGAUGAUGAUCCAAAGUGUCCCAACCUGUCGCCUCAUGAGAUUCCACUGCCUCCAAGUCCUCCUCUUCCUCCUGCUGAUGAUGUGUCGGACACUAAUGAGAAGAAGUACCCAGAUUUGAAAAACAUUGUGUUUCCUUGUCUGGAUGACGAUCCAAAGCGUCCCAACCUGUCGCUUCAAGAGGUUCCACUGCCGCCAAGUUGUCCAUAUGGUGAUGCUGUGCUUCACAUGAGUUAUAAGAAGAAGUACCCAGAUUUGAAAAACAUCAGGUUUCCUUCUCUUGAUGAUGAAGAGCCUGAUUUGAUGCCCCUACGUCACCCUCUGCCUCCAAGCUAUCCACGCCUUGCAGAGCAGAAAUACCUCGAUUUAUCUAUUGUCGCUUUUCCUUGUCUGGAUGAUGACAUAUGAUUUGUAAAUGAAAAGUAACCAAAUACAUUUUUUGUGUCAUA